CAUCUAAAAGCUCUGUGACCUUGCGUGUGUCACUUCACCUCUCUUUGCCUCAGUUUCCUCAUCUGGAAAAUGGAGGUAAUAAAAGUACUUUCUUGAAGGAGUUGUUAUGAGGACUGAGUGAAUCCUUGAAAAAUACUUAGAACAGUAUCUUGCCAGGAGUGAGGUAGAGGUCUUAAAUGUUUAUUGUUAAACGUACUUCUAGGAAACCCACUGGACAAAAAAAUGUACUUUUGUAAUCGGUGUUACUAUAAAUGGGAUUGUUUUCUUACUUUCAUUUUCCAGUUGUUUGCUUCUAGUAUAUAAGAAUACAACUGACUUUUGUAUAUGGACCUUGAAACCUACAACCUUGCUCUGUUCAUCUAUUAAUUUAAUCAUCGUUUUAUAGAUUUCCCUGGGAUUUUUCUAUGGAAACAAUUGUAUCUUUUGCUGUUUUACUUCUUCCUUGUUUUUUUUCUUUUUACUCCUUUAUUGCAGUGUCUAAAAGACAGUGGUGCAUAGAGGUAGUGAACGUGGACAUCCUUGCUUUUUUCUUCAUCCCGGGGGUGACAGUCUUUCUCCAGUCAGUGUGAUGGAGCGUAGGCCUUUUGUAGAUGCCCUUUCUCGGUUUGAAGAUGUUCCCUUCCAUUCCUAGUUUGUGUGACAUUUCAUUUUCCUAACCAUGAAUGGGUGUUGGCUUUUGUCAGAUGUGUGUGACUGCCAGUAUAAGGGGGUGGGUGGGGUUCUGACUGCCUAGGAGGCCUUGUGUUCCAGGGGUCAUCCUACUGGGUCGUGCUUUGUGAUCCUUUCUGUACUGCUGGACUCGACUGGACAUUAUUUUGUUAAGGAUUCUUUGCAUCUCUAUUCAUGAGGCAUGUUGGGCUGUAAUUUUCUGUUUUUGUAAUGUCAGGAUUUGGAACUCAGGUUUUGCUGGCCUCAUACAUAAUAUGAGCUGAGUAGUGAUCUCACUUCUGUUUUUGGAAAAAGUUUGUGUAAGGUUGCUGUUAUUUCUUCCUUGAUUGUUUGAUAGAAUUUACCAGUAAAACAGUCUGAGUCUGCACUCGUCUUUUGGGGAAUGUUCUUUUAUAACAAAUUCAAUUUCUUUAGUAGAUACAGGGCUAUUUGGAUUUUCUGUUUCUUCUUGUGUUUAUUUGGUAAGUUGCAUUUUCGAGAAAUUUGUACAUUUCACAGAAGUUGAAUUUUUUGGCAAAAAGUUGUUCAUAGUGUUCUCUUACCCUUUUAAUGUUUGUAGGAUUUUAUUGAUAACCUUUUUAAAUUCCUGACAUGGGUCAUUCAUGUUCUUAUUUUCUUGAUCAGUCUAGCUAGAGGGUUAUCAAUUCUGUUUAUCUUUUCAAUGGGCCAGUUUUUUGGCUGUGGUAUUUUUUUCCAUUGUCUGUCGGUUUUCUAUUUCAUUUAUUUCUGCUCUUUCUUAUUUCUUUUCUUCCAUAUACUUUGCUUUUCUGGUUUCUUGAUUUGGAGCCUUAUCACUGAUCUUAGGUCUUUCUUCUUUACUGACAGCAACCUUUAGAGCUCUGUGGUCCCUCCUCUGCAGCACUUUGGCUGCAUCCCAUACAUUUCGGUAUGUUGUACUUUCAUUAUCAUUCAGUUCAAAAUAUUUUCUAAUUUCUCUUUUGAUCUCUUCUUUUACCUGUUGGAUUACUUAGAAGAGUGUUGUUUCAUUUCCGGAUAUUUGGGGUUGUCCUAGAUAUUUUAUAUUUAUUGACUUCAAUUCUAUUGUGGUUAGAGAAUACACUCUAUUUGAGUUCUUUCCUUUUAAGUUUCUUGAGACUUCUUUAUGACUCACGAUGUUGUCUGUCUCAGUGAACGUUCCACGUGCGCUUGACAGUAAUGUAUGUGCUACAGUUGUUAUGUACUGUUCUAUAGUUGUCAAUAGACCAGUGUUGAUAGUAUUAUCCAGGUUUUCUACGUCUUUACUGUUUUUUUGGGGUGUUUUUGAGGAAGAUUGUCCCUGAGCUAACAUCUGUUGCCAAUGUUCCUCUUUUUUUCUUUUUUCUCCCCAAAGCCCCCAGUACGUAGUUGUAGGUCCUUCUAGUUCUUCUGUGUGGGACACUGCGUCAGCAUGGCUUGAUGAGCCAUGAGUAGGUCCGCACCCAGGAUCCGAACCUGCAAACCCCAGGCCACCAAAGCAGAAUGCGCCAACUCAACCGCUGUGCCACCGGGCCAGCCCCUGUCUUUACUGUUUUUGACUGUUUUGUUUUUCAGGUACUUGUUUUAUCGCUUCCUGAGAGAGUGGUAUUAAAAUGUCCUUCCAUCGUUGUGGAAUGGUCUGUUUCUCCCUUUAAUUCUGUCAAAUUUUGCUUUAUGUAUUUUGAAGCUCUUUUAGGCUCAUGCACAUUUUUAAUUGUUAGAUCUUCCUGGUGAACUAUUCCUUUUGUCAUUAUGAAAUGUCUUUCUUCCUCUUAGGUAGUGCCCUUUUUCUGGAAGUGUGUUUUAUCUGAGUUAACAUGUACAGUUAGGUUUAGGCACACCAUUUUAUUGUUGGUUUUCUGUUCGUCCCUCUUAUUUGUUCUGUUUCCCCUUUUCUUUUGAAUUGUUGGAACAGUUUUUAGCAUUCCAUUUCAGCUACUUGUUAGCUGUUUGGCUGUGUCUCUGUGUGAUGUGUUAGCGGUUGCUCUAGAGGUUACAGUACGUGUACCAAACCUUUCACAGUCGGCUUAGAGUUAAGAUGUGCCACUUCACAGAGAUGUAGAAACCUUGGGAUCAUGCGGGUCCCUUUAAUCCCCUCCCUGUCUGCUUGUUACGUUUUCAUGUGUGGUUAAGUCUGCACACAUGGAAACCCGCCGGACAAUGUUAUAAAUGAGUUUUUCUUCCUACUGUCAUAUGUAUUUAAAAACUCUUACGAGGAAAAAAAAUAGUCUUUUAUAAAAAUUUACCAUUUCUGUUGCUCUCUCUUCCUUCCUAAAGAUCUGGGUUUCAUCUGGUAUCAUUUUCCUUCAACCUGAAGAACAUUUUUGAGCAUUUCUUGUAGAGCAGGGAGCCAUGAUACCUUCGAGGCUUUUCUCAGCAAGAUUGCGGGUGCUGUUGGAAGGCAUGGGGCUCUGGACUCCAUCCGCACGAGUGGUCCUCAGGCCCAGCCGGCUCCUUCCACAGCAUGCUUCUCCCAGGCUGCUCUCUGUCGGCUGUGCAGACUGCACCAAGCAUCAGGAACCCCCCAGAAAGAAACUGCUCUCUGAAAAGAAACUGAAAAGGCAUUUUGUGGACCAUCGCCGAGUGCUUGUCCGAGGGGGACGUGGAGGUGACGGAGUGAGCUGCUUCCACAGCGAGCCCCGGAAGGAGUUUGGAGGCCCUGAUGGUGGUGACGGAGGCAACGGCGGCCAUGUCAUCCUGAGAGUUGACCAGCAAGUCAAGUCACUGUCAUCAGUCCUGUCGCGGUAUCAGGGUUUUGGCGGAGAAGACGGUGGCAGGAAAAACUGCUUUGGGCAGAAUGGCGCUCUCCUCUACGUCCGGGUCCCCCUGGGCACUUUGGUGAAGGAGGGGAAUGAAGUCGUGGCUGACCUGUCGCGCCCGGGUGAUGAGUACAUCGCCGCUCUGGGGGGAGCGGGAGGGAAGGGCAACCGCUUUUUCCUGGCCAACGAUAACCGCGCCCCUGUGACGUGUACCCCCGGGCAGCCUGGGCAGGAGCGAGUCCUCUUCCUGGAGCUCAAGACAGUGGCCCACGCCGGGAUGGUGGGAUUCCCCAACUCGGGGAAGUCCUCUCUUCUCCGGGCUAUUUCAAAUGCGAAACCCACCGUGGCUUCCUACCCGUUCACUACCUUAAACCCCCACGUUGGGAUUGUUCACUAUGAAGACCACCAACAGAUAGCAGUGGCCGACAUCCCGGGCCUUGUCCGAGGCGCACACCAGAACAGGGGCCUGGGGUGUGCCUUCCUCAGGCACAUCGAGCGCUGCUGCUUCCUCUUGUUUGUGGUGGAUCUUUCGGUGCCAGAGCCAUGGACUCAGGUUGAGGAUCUGAAAUAUGAGCUGGAGAAAUACGAAGAAGGCCUGUCUGCGAGGCCCCAUGCAAUUGUCGCAAAUAAGAUUGAUCUCCCUCAAGCGAGAGCCCGUCUGCCCGAGCUGCAGGCUCGCCUGGGCCAGAAGGCCGUCGCCCUGUCGGCGGUGACGGGGGAGAACCUGGAGGAGCUGCUGCUGCACCUGAAGGACCUCCACGAUGACCACGUGGCCACCGAGCUGACACACGGCCGCCAGCCGCUCAGGUGGUAGCGGUGGGGCUGCCGCACAGGGAAGACCUGACUCAGCGUCGCCAGCUCGGGAUGGAGACAAGAAGGCAGCUUAUACGGAACUAGAGGUGUUGGUGCGUCUGCCCUCCUCAGUCAGCUUGGGGCUCCCCCUCUAACGCCCCCCCAGCCCUCGGCCUGGGACCUCUCUGGUGGUGGACACUCGUGCCGCCUGGCAGUCUGCUCCCCAGUGCUGCCCGCACCCGGCAUCGUGCUGACUGAUAGCCGAGAUGGGCUCGUCUGUGUUGAUUAGCACCCCUGUAAGCAGGGCCCACGCUGCUGGCUGACGCUAUCAGAUGCCACAGAGCGUGCACAGAGCAGCACGGCGGGGCCGGCACCCGAAGCGCACAUUCGGGCUUCUCAGCACUGACCCACACAUGUCAGUGGCUGUCACGGGGGUCGACCUCUGAUUCCACAGCUGUCGACACGCCCUGCAGAGCGGAGGUUUCUGCAGGGAUGUGCUCUGUGCUGCAGGGGGGCGAGGGGACAGGAAGCCUUUGCAGGCGCCACGAGGCGGGAGGGUGCAGGUGCAGAGCUCUUCUCAAAGGCUGCCGUCUGAGGAAAGCAACAAGGAUGACGCCUCCCUGUUGUUCCCAGAGGCUGCACUGUGCUCUAUGGGGGCUGAAUGCCAAAAAGAAUCGAGGCGUUCGCUGCACGACUGAAUGCACCCAAUAUCCGACCCAGGGACUCGCGGCUCCUGACUCGAGUCGGUGCGUGCAAGCGAGUUAUUAACUAAGGGUGGUGGGGGCCUGGGGAGUCGUCAGUGCUGUCCCCUCCCAGGUGGCCAGGGUCUGGUGAGAAAGUGGCGGGCAACAUCCACCUGGGAUGUGGGGCUGGAUUUCCACUCAUCUCUUACUGGGCAUCUGAGAGAACGCUGGCCCUGGGCCAGGCCGGUGCUAGCAUGAGCAGACCCUGGGUGGUUAGUUCAGAGAACCCUGGGGGGCCGACUGCAGCGUUCUUCCAGGAGGGAUGGUGGCCAAGAGGCUGCUGUGCGCAGAGAGCGACCUCUCUCCUGUCACGUGGCUCAAGUCUUUGCAUUCAGUGUUGAUUGGGAGCCACACCCACACCCCCAGUGUCCAGUGACUGCAGGUGGCCCCGGUGAGGGCAGCUCAGCUGCUGCCAACCGGCUUGUCCAGCAAAAUGCUCUAGAACUUUCCUUUCCCCCAAAUAAAGUCUGAUGCUUCUGACA